AUGAUGAUUGAUGGAAUUAUACAAGGAACAGAUCGUCGUAAAAUAGUUUCUACUUAUUAUUCAGGUCAAACUUCUAUUCGUAGACAACGUAUUGAACGUUGGAUAAAUAAAGAUCGAAGUACUUCGAUUAUAAAUAAUAAAAAAAUAAGAUCAUCAAAACAAUCAGAUAAUACAUUAUUUCAAACUGAUCGUCAUCUUAAUGUAGAAUUAUUUCAAUUAGGUGAACAACGUGAAAAAUUUAUUGAACAAUGUAAUUUUGAUCAAAAAUUAUUUGCUAAUAAACAAGCAUUACUUCAUAAAAAGAAUCCAAUGAUACUUGAAACAUUAAAUCAUGUUCAAAAACAUUGUAAAUAUACUGAUUUUAAUGGUAAUAAUGAGAUUUUAAUUGAUGCAACAGUUGGUUUAACAGAUAAUGAUACAAAUAAAACAAUUCGUUCUCGACCAUUACUUGCUACUGAACCUAUAGUUAAACGAAAUUUAUUUUCUAAUGUUCAUACACAAACAAAUACUUCAUCUAAGGAAAUAUCUCGUCAACAUGAUAAAAAACAUACUGAAUCGUCAAAAAAAUUAACUGAAAGAAAAAUGUCUAUAACUAGAAAAUCAGUUGAUCAAGAAAAACAAAACUCCUCUCAUGUUCAAUUUCGAACUAAUAUAAAAUCUGGUAGUCAAUCUGCUCAUGCAUCAAGCAAACAUCGUUCAUCAAUUGAUUAUCAACAAUCAAAUCGAAAUAUUACAACAGCUCAUGGAGUACGAUCACAUCAAAAUCAUACUUCUUCGAUACCAAUUAUUAAUCAUACGAAAGAAGAGAAUAACACUUCAUCAAAAAUAAGACGUCCCAAUUUACGAACAUUUGUAUCAAAAAGUACUCUUCAAGAAUUUCGUCAAUAUCCUGAACGAUUUUUAAGUAAAACAAAUCGUUAUUUACCAUUACUUCGUCAUCAAACUAUGAAAAUUGAAUCAAAUGAAUGUAAUACAAAACAAGAAAAACAACGUAAAGAAUCUUCAUCAUCAAUUUCACUAGAUCAUUCUAAUGAAUCAGAUUUAACACAUGAUAAUGAACCAUUAUCUCUUAUUGAAGAAAUCGAUACAAAAAAAUCUGAAAUUGAUUUACAUAUGUCGAGUUCGAUUAAUCAUAAUCGUAAACAAUCAAAAGAAGUUAAUACAUUAAACAAAACUGAUUUAAUGAAAACAAUCCAUGAUGAUAAAUCCGAACGUAAAUUAGCAUUAUUACGUCUUCGUGAUCGUGAAUAUAAUCAUUUACAAACAUUAAUUCAUUCAAAUCGUAUUGAACAUAUUGUUAGACCAUUAUCAUCAAUGAAAACUUUUGAAAAUCAACAACAAACAACAAAUCUAAAUGAUAUUUUAUAUUCAAUGAAUUCAUUAUGUUCUUCGAAUAUAAUAGAUAAAAAUCUUUCGAAAUUAGGUAUUGUAAUAUCUUGA